GGCUGUUUAGAGAGACUCCCUUAGCCGUACACCCUGCAGCACACUGAAUUGUGAAUCCAAACAGCUGGAGCAGCAGCAGAUAGUCAGUGACUGGGAAAAGGGAGGGAGGUGGGGGAGAGAUAAAGAGUAAGGGAGCAGAACGCAAGAGAGCGAGGGAGGGAGAGAGAGAGAGAGAGAGAGAGAGAGAGAGAGAGAUGAAAAGCAUGCCAAGCGAAAGAGAGGAGCUCAUACUGAAGGAGGCAGAGGCAACAGCUACAGCAACAGCACGCUCCUUCCCCAUCCUCCCUCUCCUUUCUCAUAAUCCCACAGCUACGCCGGGGGAGAUCGAGGGUGCCCUGACCCGCUGAGGAAAACUGUCUGAAGAGGAAGGAAAAUCUCACAUGAGUCCCCCCCUCCUAUGAAUGCCUGGAUAAUUUUUUGGGGACAAUAACCAACAAGGAGUGAAAGGAGGUGUGUACACACGAGCCUGUCGGCGGGAGGGAGGGAGGGAGAAGGAGAGAAAAGAGGGGGAUGAGUGGCAGGUUUGGCACAGCUGCUGAUGCCAGGGUCUCAGAUUGAGACAGAGACAGACUGAGGGGGACCUGAGGAGUGGAGAGCUGGCACGUGUGGAGCAGGGUCUGCAACUUGUGGGCAAAGAGGAGAGGAAAAUAGAUUCACAUACGGACACAGCUGGACAGAUGAGGAGGCAUCAGGGACCACACUUCAGUCCUGGGUGUAUGGUGAACUGACCCUGCCUGCGACAGGCGAGGAGUCAGAGGACCAGGGCCAUGAUUGGCUCUCCUGGCCCUGGUGGGCUUGCCUUAGUGCCAUGGCCGAGGGUGUGGCGAUGGGUCCUGGGUGCUUUUCUGGUUGCAAUAAUAACCCUGACGCUGCCAGGAAGUAGCCAGGCCUGUCCGCCACGGUGCGAGUGCUCGGCUCAGCUGAGGUCAGUGUCGUGCCAGCGUCGGCGGCUCACCAACAUCCCAGAGGGGAUCCCCACGGAGACACAACUUCUGGACCUCAGCAAGAACCGGCUCCGCUGGGUGCAAGCUGGUGACCUGGCACCGUACCCACGGCUUGAGGAAGUGGACCUCAGUGAGAACCUCAUCGCCACAUUAGAGCCGAAUGCCUUCGCCACCCUCCAGAGUCUUAAAGUGCUGAAGUUAAGGGGGAACCAGCUGAAGUUAGUGCCCAUGGGGGCCUUCGCCAAGCUGGGCAAUCUGACCAGCCUUGACCUGAGCGAGAACAAGAUGGUGAUUUUAUUGGACUAUACCUUCCAGGAUCUGAGGAGUCUGAAACAUCUGGAGGUGGGAGACAACGACCUGGUUUAUAUAUCCCACAAGGCAUUCUCAGGGCUGCUGGGGCUUGAAGAUCUCACAAUAGAGCGCUGCAACCUGACAUCCAUCUCUGGCCAGACGCUGUCUUACCUUCGCAGCCUGGUCACCCUUCGCCUCCGGCACCUCAGCAUUAUUGCCCUGGAGGACCAAAACUUCCGCAAGCUCUUCAACCUGCGGGGUCUGGACAUUGAUCACUGGCCAUACUUGGAGUACAUCUCCCCUCUUAGUUUCCAGGGUCUGGACCUCCACUGGCUCUCCAUCACCAACACCAACAUCACCUCUGUCCCUUCAGCUUCCUUCAAGAACCUGGUGCACCUCACCCACCUCAACCUGUCCUACAAUCCCAUCACCACACUAGAGCCCUGGGCCUUCAGGGACCUGCUGAGGCUGAAGGAGCUCAUCAUGGUAAGCACAGGGUUGAUGACAGUGGAGCUCCAUGCCCUUGGAGGCCUCCGACAGAUCCGGGUCCUCAACUUCUCCUCCAACGACCUGCAGACUCUGGAAGAGGGCUCCUUCCACUCUGUCAACAGUCUGGAGACCCUCAGAGUGGAUGGGAACCCCCUGAUGUGUGACUGCCGUCUGUUGUGGAUCCUGCAAAGACGCAAGACCCUCAACUUUGACGGCAGAGUGCCGGUGUGUGCGGGGCCGGUGGAGGUGCAAGGGGUCAGCCUCAGCGCCUUCACCGAUUCUGCACUCUUCGAUCACUUUACAUGCCAGAAACCUAAGAUACGCAACCGUAAGCUGCAGCAGGUGGUCGCUCGUGAGGGCCAGCCAGUGAGUUUUCUGUGUCGAGCUGAAGGAGAACCUGUACCUGCUAUUGUCUGGAUUUCCCCACAGCGCAGAAGGAUCACAGCUAAGAGUUCAGGGCGCAUUACUGUUCUCCCUAGUGGCACCCUGGAGAUCCGCUACGCCCAGCUUACUGACAGCGGUACAUACAUCUGCAUUGCCAGUAACGCCGGAGGCAAUGAUACCUACUUCGCCACGCUCACAGUGCGUGGCCAGCCGCUAGAUGCCGCCUCAGCCUUCUUUCUCAACCGCUCGCUGUACAGCGGUGACUUCUUCAACGACACAAAUCUGAACAGCACGCGUGUUUUCCUCAAGUUCACCUUGGACCUGACCACCAUCUUGGUCUCCACGGCAAUGGGUUGCAUCACCUUCCUGGGGGUGGUCCUCUUCUGUUUCCUGUUGUUGUUCGUGUGGAGCCGGGGACGCGGCCAACGCAAGAACAACUUCACAGUGGAGUACUCUUUCCGGAAAUCUGAACCCGCCACUGGAGGCUCUUCGGGAGGGACCAGGAAGUUCAACAUGAAGAUGAUAUGAAACAACGCAGCCAGGGGUCCCUCGGGGGAGGCAUGAGCACGUCCCAAAAAACGUGUUUGACACACGCAAACACACACAGCCACUAACUCGCAAAGAAGUUUGAAAGCACAAUAUAAGUUCCUGUCUAUGGCUCUAUUUAAAAUUGAGCGCCCACAUCAAAACUUGAGCCAUGACUUGAUUUGGUUUGACCCUGAUCUCUCUGUCUCUCAGUGGUUUUAUUCAGCUUUUGGUGAAAAGCAUGUUUGAAGGAUACUGUAAGGAUCAGUAUUGAUAGAUUUGAAAGAGCUACUGGUCAUUCAUGCUUAGAGUUAAGAAUUAUAGUAGAUAAGUUUUGGAAAUUGGCAUGAUUAUUGAGCUGUGGAAUACUGGUAGUCCAGUCUCUUGGUCACAUUAAUGAGAAAAUUAAAUACAUUUGCUUUUCCAUUUAGAUUUCCCUUCACUGUAUUCUGUGCAUUCAGGGAUUUUAAAAUAUAUGUAUUACAGGGAGACCUGAACAUCCAUUUAUAGAAUUUGUAGCUAUGCUCUUCUAAAGUCUGCCUUGUUAAGAAUCAUGCAUGUAGAAAUGCACUUGAUAGUUAAGUUGUAAGUUCAUACCACUGAAUAAAACAUUGCUUUAAAAGACAGUUUGAAUAUGUUUUUCUAUAGAACAUAUUACAGCCACCUUUAUAUAUUCUAACCACAGCAAUGAGGAGGUCAAAAACACCAUUAACAUUAUCAUAUUUGUUUUAACGAGAUAAAGCUUAAUGCAUGUAACGUAUGGUCUGAUAAUAAUAUCUAAUAAGGAACGAUGGAUUUGGAUCGUUCACAUAAAUAUCACAUAGACAAAAGAAACACAAUUUGGCCUUUUCUUCUUUGUGAGAUGUUGCAACAACGUUAGCUGUGUGAGUUUGGGACGAGCGCACUGACCGAGAGCUGCUGUGGCUGCCCGUGGCCCGGAGGGUUUGGUUAGGAAGUCAAGCCCACCUGACACGGGCCGUCGCAGUAACCAUAGCAACCAACACAAGAGAGAGCAAGUGGGGACUGAGGCUGGUGGCCACAGGAGGGUUGCUGGGUAGAAGGGGAUGAUGGGGGAAAAAAGAAGUCAAUGUGACCUCUUCUUCCUGCUCCAUUUAUGCUCUUUCAUCAACAGGAGAGGGUCAACCUGCCGGCCUCCACCCUCCGUCCCUGCCCUCUGCUGUGUUAGUGGACGCCUGACCUUCCCAGCGCUGCCAGGGGGGAGCAGCCUGGAGAGUUGGGUCACACUCAGAGGCAGACAGAGGACACACAGUGACGAUGUAGGGGUCUUCACAUAAACAUAAACACACACACUCAUCCUAGUAGUGGAAAGCACACAUUGCAACACAUGUAUGGCACCUUUUCUCAGGAAAAGUGAAAUAACUACCCUGCAGAGCGAGUGAACCACACAUACUCUGUUCAAAUAUAACAUUCCAGCAAUACUGUAUGUAGAGCCAUAAAGCCAAAAUUCAUUCUCUCUGAGAGAACUGAUGUAAAUUUGUGAGUGAAGAAACAAAGCCAUAGUUUGUGUAGGUUGUUUUUUAUACAGUAACGUGCAUUAUUCAGUUAUAUAAUAACAAUUAUUGCUACUGCCAUCUUACAAGCUGUUGUGAUGAUCACAAGACCAUCUGCUGUCGCUGGGCUUGCAUAAAGUUGCACCCCAUAACAUACACAUAUACACACACUCACACACACACACACACAAGAGAUUAAACCACAUCAAGGUUAUUGAAUUGAUAGGAACAACAAUCACAGUUACACAUGAAUAAACAUACAAAUUGAUAAUGCAGUGUGACGCUCACUGCCCUUUCUCUGUCUCUGAGAUGGUCAGUGUGCGAAUGUCUCUGCCCCCCUAGCCCAGUGCAUCCCCCCUCCUCACCCCCACCCCCCCACACACACCCCCACUGGGUCCUCCUUUGGGAGGGGUCCCUGGCUGGAGAUCGAGGAUUCAAAUGUAAAUGAAGUCGUGUUAACCCUACCCACACCAUGUGCAUCGUAUAGUGGAGAGUAGUACUGUGGUUUUCUUAACGAAAAAAAACAACAAAAAACUUUCUUUGAAGUGUUCCGUUGCUUCUUGUUUGUCCUCCAUAUUAAUUUCUUCAGUUGUUGUUCUCCGUGACCUUUUGGCUGUUUACCGUUUUAACGUUCCUCGUCCUCCAUGUGGGGCCGCUCUGUUCUCAACACUUAAUAACAUUCCCAUUCACUAGACAGUGCGUGAGCCUGUUCACAUCUCAGUGCUUAUCAACUGAAACCAGGAAGGGUAAUAUUUUGAAGAUAAGAGACAUAAUCUAAAGCUGUGGUUCCUAAUCUAGUGUCACAAGUUGAAUUGGCGGUGUCAUAAGAUAGUUAACAGGAUAACAAAGAGGGGCUGCACAAAAUUAUUCUAUACUAAAUUUAACUUAACAUAGCCUUUGGUUAAAGUUGAAAGUGUAUUUACAUUAAAUUAAAAUUGGUUGCUCCACACAAACUAGUUCUUAUGUCAGAGAUUAGUUGUUAAUAUUUACAGACAGUAACAGCCAGGUGUAACUCUAACUGAACCAGUGGACAGGGAAGGCUAAAAAAGGUAAUUUUAUAUGGUUGACAUCUGACCUGACACUUGAUCAAAAUGCUAUUUAAUAAAAAACCGAGGAAUAUUUUACCCAAUAUCCCUCAAAUUUACAAAACAUAAUGCUAGUAAUAUUUAGAUAUUUCCCAGUCAUUCUAUACUGCAUAACAAAGUCAUACCGGCCUUUACAGGACUGACAGUUAAGUUUAGUAUAUCAUUUGGAGACCAAUUGUAAAAGCCACUUUACAGCUUAUGAUGCUACAGUGACCUUUUCUUUCUUUUUUUGGUAUUUUAUUGCCUUUUAAUUAAUAGUGACAGCUAAAGAGUGACAGAAGAGUGGAGAAGAGCAAAAGGGGGAUGUCUCAGUCAAACCCUGGGCCGCUGCACCUAGGAUUUAGCCUUUGUACAAAACUGUAACAGCCCAUGAUGCUACAGUCACUUUCUGUUUACAUAGCUGAUUAUUGUACUGUGUCACAGAUAUUUAUUGGGACAUUACAAUAAUAUAACACAUUACUAAAGUCUGAGACAUUUAAAAUUUUUAUAGAAACAUGAUUUACUAAAUCACUAGUUUGAAACUAGCUAGAAGCCUAGUUAUUAAAAACCUAUAGACUUUACACAAACAUCUAGUGAUGGAUUUAUAGGCCUAGUGUAUUUCUAAUAGGCUGCUAUUCAACUCAUUGACGUGUGCAAUCAUGAGAGGUUUCAAGUACACCUUGCUUCAUUUUAUGGGUUCAUAAUGUAAGUUGGGAAUCACUGAUUUAAAGCACACCAACAAAGAGAAGUUUAUGGUUUGGAAAUAAUUUGCCCCAGGUAAGAAAGAACCUCAGACUCUCAAAACUUGCAAAAUAAAUCCUGCAAACUCAAUUUUUGUCCCUUGUGAGGAAUGAUGAAACUGCGGCUUCUGUGUCAGGAUGAAUAACUGAACAGCUGUUAAAGAUUCAUGAGGCUGAAUGAGAAUAGACGAACAAAUUGGCCUGGUUUUUUACACUGCCCUUAACAGUGUCAGUGGCCAUUUUUGUGUUGAGAACAGGACGAUGCCUUCAUGGACGUCUCCUUUCCCUGAGCCGACCCUUCUGUUUUUCCAUUCCCCCGUAUUUCUCAGUGAAAACUAGGUUUAGAAGACAUUGAGAAUGUCCGUAGUGAUUGUCGAUGGUGUUAUCGUGUAAACAUCAAUCACAAAUGUAAGCGUAGAUGAGGGUGUAUUUCAUUUUAUCUUCCUCCCCUUCUCCCCUUCUUCACCUGUCCUCCCCCCUCUUCCUGUUCCCUGUCUUCUUAACAUUUCCACCCCUCGUUGUCCCUGUUCACAGUAUUAGGCUGGAAUAUGGUUGUGUGGUAGUAGACACGUGUAAUGUGCGGUCGGUGAGUUAGUGUUGUCGUGUUAUGAUUUGUUGCUCCUCGUGAUGCCAUCGAAAAAACGGAGCGGUGAUUGGAUCAGUCGAGACAAAAGAUGAAAGGGGUGACCCAGGUUCCCUUAAAAAAAACACACAAAAAAACAUUAGUUCCCAUUUCACGCCCUACUCAUUCCUAAAGAACCAUUUCUGGAACUUUCCCUCUCUGCACAGUGCCACUCUGGGAUCUUUCUCUGGAUAUGAAAACCCAUGGACUGUACUGUAUGUAUUUUCUUUGAUGAUAUCUGUCACACUUUAACUUAGAAAUGUAGAAGGGGGGGGUUGGGUUGUUGUAAUACCGUGACCAUGAGCCUACACUCACUUUCUGCCUACUGUGGUACACUGAGUCAUUUGGAAAAGGUGUAGCAUUAAAGCAGUCCGUUCACUGAAAGCUGACAUUUUCAAGUUGGUCAGGGUUGAAAAUUAGCGCUUGUAUCUAUUCAAACCUUGUGAGUCCUUGAAACUUGUUUUGCCUCAAGCUAAAUACACUUUGAAAAAAAUCUUUCCUUUCCCCUCCAAAUUUUAUCCCAUCAUCAAAAGCUUUAGAAAUACAUUCAACAUUUUAACUCCUAGAGCUGACCCUUUCUCUAUAAAAAGAGGUACCAGAACACACAGCCAAGCCGUUGCCUCAGUCUGGCUGACAGACUUGUCAGGGUUUAGAUACCAGUGGAGCUGAGCUUGAUUCAUCUCCUCUGCCGUAAUACUUGAGAAAGUAGGCUGAGCGAUCCCCCGCUCCCUCCUCCGGUUCGUCCUUGCCUGGGGUUGGUGUACUGUAGUCUAGACGCCCCAUUUACAACAAGCAGCAGCAACCACACUAUUAGGAUACCUUCCACUGGGGAACUCUUCAAAGACGCAGACCAAAAUAAGACAAACCCUGAGACACCAAUAAUCAUGGCGUCAUCACCAGCCAAGCCUGAACUGCUCUUCUGUUUCUGUUCUAGUUCUCAGUUAAAGGAGGCUUUGCUUUCAGUCCUCUUAGCUGUUAUCUCACUGUUUGGCCAGCAAAGACCAAUUUCAGUCUUACCUUUAGGACUGCAUUUCUAAAACCUUGGGUUCGUGUUAUUUCUGACUCCAUAUUAGCUCUAAAUGAAUCCAUCUCCUACUCUAGAUCCUGCAGCUGCUGUUGUGAUUGGAUUAGACUUGAGUUGAGAGGAGCAGUAAUGGGAUGACGGCAAAGCGAGCUCGGCUGAUUGGGUGAUUACUUGGCUUAUUAGUCACAUUUCCAUAACAGGCCUCUCAGAAGUGUGUGUUAUGCUCAUACCAUUUGAGUUAUAUUACCUUUUUGCAUAUCUGCUGGUUAUGGUGGCUUUCUCUGAUUGGACAAAGAGAUGGUAAUGCAAAGCAGUCACUGUUAACUGAUAUUCAGGCAUAAUUGGACAUUAAGCAGAGCACUGUUGAAGUAUUGUUUAAAGCACCUUGGACAGACAAUUGCUUCAUCUUAACCUUGACCAAACAAUUGCAAGUGCCCCCCUUUCUAUGUGACAAUACUGACCCCAAGUGGUCACCGUGGGUAAUAGCAACAAAUGGGACCAUACUGCUGAUGCUGAUGUGCCAGUAUUGUAUGUGGUGGGAAAAUAAAUAAAUAACAGCUUUGGGUCUCAUACAGUAAAACACUGAAGAGAGCAAAUUGACUGUUAGCUUCAUAAGUCAGUGCCUCACUGAUUUUCUUAUAGCCAUAGGGUGACCUCCUCUCCACUUUAGGUGUCUGGGGCGUUGUUCGAGUUAUCAGGAGAGGCCUCGACCCGAUCUGGCCUAAGUUGCUGGGACUCAGUCUGUAGAUUUGAUGAAUACUUUCUGAUGCCCCCUCCAGUCUCACCACCAUCACAACAAACAAUAACAAACCUUAAUAAAAAUGUUACAGCAUAAUUCUUUCUCUGCAUAUGAGAAACAGUUCCUCUCUAGAGAACAAAACUUUCUUUCUUGUGGUCUUAGCAGGUUUAAUCUAUGCAUGCCUUUUGUAUACAGUGAUUGGUCUUGCCAAACUCUCACCUACACUUGUAUGGAGAGCUAUGGGUGCCAUUGUUGCUGGCCAUGGGACUGGUUGACACAAACUUACUGUAAGAGCAAGUGAGACCAUAAAAGGGUUUUUAAAUGGGUACAAAUCAAAGCCAGGGGCAAACAAUCACCUGCUCCAGUAUUCCUGAAUAUUUAAAAGGAGUGUGUAUCUUACAAAAGAAGCAUUUGUUUACUUUGGAUGAUUGUACUUUUACACAUAUCUAUCCAAACAUAGAGGAUCUGCUCAGAUGUGUAAGCUGUAGAUAAAAUGAUUGAUAUUCCAAGCAGGUUGGUGGGACUGAUCAAUGCUGUAUGGGGAUAAGAUUAUUAAUGGCAUACUUUCAUUGAUCUAUCUUGAACCUUGUCACUCUCCCACAAUCCCUCUGGAGUAGGAGGAGGCGUACAGAGCUCUUACAGACCUGGUUGGCACUCAUUCCUAGGUUUCCACAUUACAAGAUGAUUUUACUUUUCCUCUUUUAAGAACGAGAUGGUGCCAGAUUUCGACAGUCUUUUUCAAGGUCUGAGCCGAUGUAACGCUCUCUUACUUCUCCUACUCUUCAGAGGAAGCUGUUGUUGGUAUAGCUCUGUAUUUGUUGGAGCCCUCUAAUGGAAAAUAUUGAAAUUUAUGUCUCAAAAUUGGCUUAUUCCUAUUCUCUCUCCUCUCUCUUUCGCUCUCUUUUCUCUCUCUGUCUUGUCUCUCUGUCUCUCUAUCAACCUGGCACCGACCUCGUAAAGCAUUUCAGAACAUUUUUCCUUGAUCACUCUUUAGUUUUUGUGCUAAUGCAUUUGGUUCCUCGUUGACACGGUCCUUACGGCCUUCUGAAACCUAGGAAUGGGUGCUGAGCGCUCCAAUUAAAUACAGAGCUAACAUGAAGACAAGUUUUUCAGCUUGUCAGACGGAGUGGUGUGAACUGAUCAAUCAUUAAAGCACAUAACAGGCUCAUAAUAGAGACUGUUAUACAGUAAGUACCAAGUUCGGACUCAAGAACAUCUGACUGUACCUGAAUUAUAAAAUGUAUAUUUUGCACAGUGAUUUGUGGAUCCUUGGAUGUGAAGAACAGAAACUGUACAUAUUAGAACUAUUAGCCAUAUCGUGUCAUAUAAUCUGUAGACCUCCUUGCCAUGUCUGACAGAGGACAAUGACUGUUGAACUGUAAAUAGUGUAGUUAUAGUAAUAUAGGAUUUAACUGCUGCUUCUUUUCUCCAGGGUUCACCCAUGUUUUGCUCAGUCCCAUGGCUGCUUGGUCUCAAAGGGAAGGAUGAGAUAAUAAUGUACUUGUCUAUAAAACACAUAUGAGUUCUUUUUUUAUUUCAAUGUAUGUUUUAUAUACUGUCUGUCUUGUAAAUGAACUCCUUUUCGUCAUAAAAGCAUGAUGUGACUCUGUCAAA